UUGGCGAGGCGGGAGGCGGCGUGGGCAUCUGUCUUCCGACGGUCUGCUACGGCACCUCCGAGGCGGUCAUGCAGGGCAAGGUCUGGAUGGCGACGCUGCUGGCGGCGCUGCUGGUUGGAACGGCGGCCGCCAAAAACUUCAUCGCCAUCGACUACCUGGGCGACGGCGAGAGGGAGGUGCGCAUCCGCUUCGACCGGGUCCACGCCAAGCAGACGUCCAUGGAGGUGGUGACCGACCAAAUCACGCGCGGCAUCCACCUCUGGCAGGUGACAGAUGGACGCCACUUCAUCCAGUCCAUCUUCACGGCACAAGGCGAGCUCAAGGACUGCGAGUACAUCCGACGGAAAGACGUCAUCGGCACGUUCCUCGGCUCGUUUGAGGCGGACGCCGAACGCGCGCGGCUGCUGGCGGCCGGUCUGGCUCAGCAGGAUGAGCAGGACGAGCAGCAGCCGAUGCGCAACGUCACCUUCCGCCUGCUGACUGCGCCGCCGGAAGAGUACGCCGGCUUCCUCGACUACAAGGAGAUGAAGCGGGCCUGCAAGGCGUACCACCGCGUCAUCCGCAAGGUGGUGCACAAGAAGCGGCACGGUUCCGCCGCUGAGAAGACCGACGCCGAGCAGUUCAUCCACAGACACCGGCGCGACAUCCUGGACGUGCUCCGCGUGCCCGGCACCAAGUGGUGCGGCAAGGGCUACACGGCCACUACGUACAACACGCUGGGAGGGUACGCCGGUGCCGACCGCUGCUGCCGGCACCACGAUAAAAAAUGUCCCUACUGGAUCGCUUCCUUCGAGGAGAAGUAUGGCCUCUUCAAUUGGGGUAUCUCCACACUCAACCACUGCGCUUGUGACGAGAGGUUCCACACAUGCCUAAAGAUGACCGGCUCCGGCGCCGCCAACAUGGUCGGCAAGAUCUUUUUCAACGUCGUCAAGACCAAGUGCUUCGUGCUGAAGAAGCAAGUGGAGUGCGUCAAGAGCAGCUGGUGGGGCAACGAGUGCGAGGAGAAGCGGAUCGUCAAACGAGCAGCUCUGAAGACGGCGCUGGCGUAUUAGCUGGCUCCAGGAAGCUGGAGAGUGGAGAGAGUCGCUAGUCACCGGCCGUGUGCCCAGACGAGUCUGCGCCGCACGCGGCCAGAUCUCUGGGUCGGGACCGAGGAGUCUGCGCCGCGCGCGGCCAGAUAUCGGUCCGGACGGUCGACAGAGCCCGGGCUGUCGCCGACACUGGGCACCACGUUCACCCGACGGACGCGCGGUGGAGAGGCAUUCGGAGUCGUGGCAGCCAGGGAGCCUGGUAACUGGGUCAUAGAGGAGGCCUGGGGUCGCUCAGGUUCUUGGUGGCGGCACCUCUCGACGUGCUGCUGCUACGUAGUCGCGCGCUGGUCCGCAGCGGCCACCGACACUUUAUUCAUGACAUGUUGUUUCUGUGAUAGACCCAUUAUCGCUGGUUGCUUGCCGCUGCGAGGAGUCCGGCUGCAGUGGCCAGCGCAGGGAGGGGGGCGGGCGGCGACGGCGCCGAACCCGCCGAUCCCUCGACGCCGGCAUCCGCACUCUCCGCCACGUACUCGCGAGCUACCGCCGCGCCGUCUCAGACCGGGUUCUGGUCGAUCCUCACAAGCCCAUUCACCUGCGUUCAUCUAGCUCAUCGCCCAUAUGUGCGGUCGGGACUGUGCUCGGUGAACUGGCCGACUCCUGAGUCCAUCCGUCGUCGAGACCACUGCGUCAUCCAAUGGUCAGCAUGUUCCAUCUUAUUUUUGUACGAAAACACCAAUACAUUAUGCAAUAUGG